ACACACAUUAACAUGUUUAUGCGUUUUGUAUAAUUUCGACACUGUACAUGGCUAAGUGUGAUCGGUAGUUAGAUUUAUCGAUUAUCUCGAUCCAGCGAAAUUUUGCAUGUGUAAAGCAAUGUUCUUAUACUUUGUAGGAUUAUAGAUGAGAGUAUUUGCUUUAAAAAGACAUGAAAGCGAAGACAUUUCUGCAUGCAAGCUUUACUGGUUCGUAAUUUCGUAUAACGAUUUCUUUUUACGGUGUCGCUUUUAUCUAGGUGUACAAUUCAUUGGAUACUGUCGGGGUGCGUACCGAUCAGCCGAAUCUCCUCGUUAAUUGUAAAAUUAGAGCUUGGAGAGUUUUAUUUUGCCACGCUCCCAUUGAUUUUCUUUUCUUUUAGUGUCGGAAAAGUAGUAUCAGAGUAUCACAGAUUCAGAAAGACAAUGCUAUAUCAGUUGUAUCAAGACCGGUACAAUGUCAGUGAGCUCAAUUUUCCGAUGGUAUAUAGCUACAGAUGUAUGAAAAUGUUUUCUCUCUGGUAGUUAAAAGUAUACGCUUUGUGUUCUGUGAAAUGUUUUACAAUUUUCGAAUCACGACUAUCACUCAUACGAAAUUGCUCUACCGAAAUUAUGUUUGAUUCCCGCAUUUCUGAACUAGCAUGCAUGUUUGUUACCUUGUAACAUUCGACAGUGAAUUAUAAAGAUUCGCGGUUAAGAGAACGCGUGCACGAGUGCUGCGAUUUACAAGACAAUUAAUUUAUCAAUGUUAAUAGUCUGGCGGCGAGGGUGGCUACGGUGAUCUGGACAUGCGUAGGGGAAGAAGUCCGCCGUAUAAUUCUAUGCAGGACGGAUCGUUGCCAGGCGGCGGCAGUGGCAGCGGUGGUAUCGGUGGCACAAAGCCUAACGAGAAGGCGUUGCUCGCCAGAAUUUGGGGCGAUUUCGAUACCAAAUAUAUGAAGCCCUUGUUAACGCACUCCAGGCCUACGUUAUUGGAAACGUUGCCGGUCUGUUGUAGUCCGCUAGCGAGAAUCCUCACGACCACGCAACAGAUGACGCAGGAUGAGGUUGCAAGAAAAGUCGAUUCGGAUUCGGACUUCUGCUUGGAAGAUCGCGAGAUGGAGCGACGCAGGACCAGUGUUCAGCCGGUGAGUUUCCAUCAGCCUAAUCUCAAUUACACUGUUAACCCGUGCUAUCAGCCUAACAACAGCACCACAGACGUCAGCACUAAUCCGGACGAGCCCUAUGUAAUUCUCAAUUUACACAGAAGGUAGAACUAACAGCAAUCCUAACAUCACCACCUUUUGUGUAUCUAAAUCUUUUUAAACAGAAGGAAGGGAAAGAGGGAGAUUGAAAGUAUCGAAUAUGCAUAUUUCGAACGCGUUAAACGCGGAAUUAUAAUUUAUUUAAUUAACUCUUACGUAACUUAUAUGCAUUCGCAUUCGUUUAUUAUAGUCAUAUUUGAUUUCGCCAAAGAUUUCACGUCUUUUGUUUUUACACGAAGGUGAUAUCUUUGACGAUUGAAUUUUAUAUUUCGUUUCUUUUUUAAAUUCUUAAGGCCGGUUUACACACGCAAUGAUUAGUGGCGCCAACUCUGAUUAUGAGUGUAAACAACAAUAGCCUGCGGCUACGUGUGUGUAUGUACAUACACUGUACAUUUCUACGCAUGUUCUCUAUGCUGUAUGUAUGAGCAAUACAGACAAUACGUAAGAUGUAAUCGCGUGAACGUCACUUCAUAUUUGACAUAAUAUAAUCGCCUCUUCUUUUUUUCGUUCUUCUAUAUAAAACACGAGCUUGAAUGUCUAUAUUGCACGUAAAAUUAAUUUUAUCUGGACGAUGUAAUUUCUCUUCUUUUCGAUUUCCAAGUUGAUCUUUCGAGUGAAAUGGCAACAGCGACAGGAGGUCGCAAAGGUUUUAAUCGAGAAUUCGAGUGCAAUAGCAGCAUAUUUCGAAAAACGGUAUUUUUAGGGGGCGGGGGGGAAUGAGUUUAAAAGUUUGAAAUCUAAUUUUAAAAGAUGGAGAAAAAUCAGGUCUACAAUCAAAUAAUUUAGUGUAUAAUAUAUAGUAAUUGUAAUGAUGACUUGUCACCAAUUAAAUAGUAAAGUCUUAAGCUUUAUACUGCUAUCGCACUCAGUGUCUCAAUUUCAAAAACGACAAUAGCAACUGUAAAUACACCGUGAAUUUUUAACAAACCUGCUUGCUUAAGAAUAAGGGGAAAAAUGUACGUAUGCUGUUUGUUAAUGCAAACCGACUUUUUUCUGCUCUGCCCAAUCUUAUACUAAUAUAGUGCAUAAAUUGACAAAUGGUAAGAUGUUAACGAGCCAAUCGCCGUUGUGUGCGAAUGACUCCUCGUAACUGUGUAUUCUUUUCUGUCGAGGUGAUUUUAUAACUGUAAAGCAGAUAAUUAUUCUAGUCAAUGAUUGCCUACGAUAGACACAUAACGAGAACUAAUGAAUGGACAAUAGCGUGUGAUAUUUCGUAUUGCAUAAUGGUGGAAAUUUUUUAUUUAUAAACUCGAAAAUUAUGUUUAAUGUACAGAGGACGAACUUCUCUUCGGCCUAUUUUUGCGCUUGUGUCUUGUCUUUCUUCUCUUCAGGGAAAAAAAAUCACAGUCAGAUAUUUGCAGAGCGCACGUUUGACCGUAUCUUUUUUUUUUUCAUCGGUUUUUCUAGAGAGAAAGAAACGAUGAUGAUGACAGUGAUGAUGAUGAUGAUGAUUCCGAUUCCAAUGACGAAGACCUCAGAAUCAUCGGAAUGGGA